ACGUCUGCAAAUUGUGUAACAAACACGGGGGGAGCAGGGUGAGUGUGAAAUCGAAAUUAAAUAAAAAGGAGAAGAGGAGAUUUUGGUCAAUGAUUUGCGAAGACAUUUGAACGUGAGCGCAAUGUGGAGAUUAAGUCUCCUGGUGGUGGCGCUGUGCCCUCAGACGUCCUUCUCCCUGCUGGGGUGGGUGGAGUCUCCUGGAUACCCCCGAGGUUACCCCCCGCACACGACUCUGAACUGGCGCAGGUGUGCACCCGAAGGACACGCCCUCUCUAUCCAACUCACCCACCUGGACCUAGAGGACAGCGCCGACUGUGAGAAUGACGCAGUGAAGGUGUAUUCAGAUGAAAACCUGAUCUCAGUCCUGUGUGGGACUCUGAGCUAUGAGGAGCUGCAGAGGUCAGUGAACCCACAGCUCUGGUCUGCUCCCGGAGGAUGUCUCAACCUGACCUUCCACUCAGACUUCUCCAACCGCCACCGACACUCCGGCUUCAGAGGCUUCUACACCAUAAAAGAUUAUGAUGAGUGCAACGACCCUGAUAACAGAUGCACUCAGUUUUGCCACAACCUCAUUGGAGGAUACUACUGCUCCUGUCACCACGGGUUCCACUUAGACACAGACAACCACACAUGCUCAGUGAGCUGCAGUGAGGACCUGUCUGGUCAGAAUGAGGGACGAGUCUCCAGCCCGUCGUGGCCCGGUCUGUACCCGGAGAACAGCCACUGUGUGUCCACUCUGUCUGUGGAUCCGCACCUCCAGCUGCAGCUCACCUUCCUCCAGCCCUUCGACCUGGAGCAGGACCCAGAGGGAGGCUGCCUGGACAGUCUGCGAAUCGAGACUCACUCUGGCACCUUAGGGCCCUUCUGUGGGAGUAACUCCCCGUCCUCCCCCCUCCUCACCCACUCACACCAGAUCAAAAUCCACUUUGAGACCGACGGCUACGGGACCAACCGCGGCUUCUCUCUCAUCUUCACAACCGCAGACAAGGUGUGUCUUCCUACCAUAAGUCCAUACUCCACCGUGGUGCCGUACUCAGUGGAGUACAGCCCGGGCCAGAAGGUGACUGUGACGUGUGACGUAGGACACUAUGUUAAUGUGGUUCAGAGUGACGGCAAAAGCAAAAGAAGAGCACAAGAAUAUGUAACAACGUGUCAGACAACAGGAGACUGGAGUCCUCACUACACCUGCCAACCUUUGAACUGUGGCCGGCCUAAAAUUCCCAGAGAUGACAUCCUUGUUGUGGUGGGUCCAGACAAGCUCCAGACUCUGUACCAAAGUCAAGUCAGGUUUAACUGCAGUUCAUCGUACUACAGGCUCCAAGGGGAUGAUACUUACACCUGUGGUCCCAAUGGUGAAUGGAUCUCACCAGAUAACAACCCACAACUGCCAAAAUGCAUUGAAGUGUGCGGUAUGCCCCAAACUGCCCCUCUUAGCACAGGCAGGAUUCUUGGAGGUGAGCCGGCAAGUCUUGGAUACAUGCCCUGGUACUUGCUGAUCAAGAGGCCCAGGAGAGGAGGAGCGUCUCUGAUUAGCGACCGCUGGGCUGUGACCGCUGCACAUGUAGUGGAGGGGUUUGAAGAAGCUAACCUGCGCUGGUUAGGUGGCAUUGUGGAUGGCAAAAGUCCAAAUUUUGUGGAACUGCAAAGUGAGAAAAUCAUAAUUCAUCCUCGUUACAUCAAGGGGUUAUCUGGCUCUCGUACCAGCUUCGACAAUGAUAUAGCGCUGAUCCGAUUCACUUCCAGGGUUGAACUUGGCCCUCACAUAAGUCCAAUUUGUUUGCCAGAACACAACACACGACUUAGUACAAAUGAUCUAGGGACAAUUGCAGGAUUUGGUGUGAAAGAUGAUACUACUAGAGCACGCGUUGCUCAGAUAUUGCAAUAUGCACCAAUUCCAGUGAUUUCAGAAGCUGAAUGUCGAAAAACACCUAAAAAUGGUGCAAUGCAGUACACUAGUAACAUGUUUUGUGCUGGGGAAAAUGGCAGAGAUAGUUGUGAAAAAGAUAGCGGUGGUCCAUUUUUCACUCCAAUGUUAGGGGCGAGGGAGAGGCCGUAUCGACUCAUGGGGAUUGUGUCUUGGGGCCCAGUUUGUUCUAAAACAGAAUACAAGGGUUACUACACCAAAGUGAAGAACUAUGUGUCAUGGAUUCGAGAAACUAUAGAGGCAACUGAGAAGAGUCUGGAAGAGCCAGAAGAAGAAUGUUUUAAACAAACACUGAACAGGAUCAGUAAACCAAAGUUCCAAAGUUUUCAGUCCAAAGCAGCAAUGAAGCCAACAGUGAUUUUUAUGCUAUUUCUAUGUAGAUUUGUGGAGUUUACGUUAACAUUAGAAAAGUGUUCAAAGCUGCCUUCAGUUCAACAUGCAUUUGUACUGGACGAAUACAAAAAGACAGAGUACCAAAUAGGAGAUGUGAUUUACUUCUGCUGUGAUCCUGGGUUUACGACUGGUCUGAACACGACCUACAUCUGCACUGAGGACGGCUGGACAGCUGCCGCCAUCGGCCAGUGUGUUGACGACUCUUUUCAGGUGCUUCGGGGCUGCACUCCCCCUCCACCGCUCACAAACGGACAUUUGCUGGAGGAUACAAUUUUAAUCUAUGGAAAUGGUGCCAGAAUCAGAUACAGAUGUGAGGAUCACCACACUAUGAGUGGAGGAUUGUUUAAAACCUGCACCAAUGGACAAUGGACAGGUGACAUCAAGUGCAUUCCUGUAACAUGUACAGUCAGAGACCCACCAUCGGGCACUACUUAUUAUCCUCGGGACAAGAUCAUUUUCACUUCUGGAGAAAGUGUGAAUGUCACGUGUGGAGAAAAUCUGUGGGUGAAGAGCACCGAGCUUCAGACAGCUCAACUCUUUUGUGAAAGCACAGGACGCAGAGGCAGCUGGGACUUUACCCCUGUGUGCCAACAGGUCAAAUGUUUCAAAGAGGAUCCACUUGUCACCCGGUGGGAUCAGCCUAGAGAAGGCUCAGCUGACAUUGAUGAAACAUUACAGUAUGAGUGUCAUCAAGAUUUUGAGGCUGUGGCCAGGGACAACAGAGCCAGGUGCACCAGACAAGGCUGGCAGCCACAUCCUCUUUGUAAAGAUCCUCAGAGUUGUGGACCUCCACCAUCUUUGGAUAAUGGAGACUUCUUGGCCUCUGGUGGAACAUUUAGUCAUAAUUCACAGGUUGAAUACCAAUGUCAAGACAAGUACAUAAUGGAAGGAGGGCCCCACAAAACCUGCCUCAAUGGAGUUUGGACCGGGGAUAUUAAAUGUCUCAUUAUUGAUUGUGGAGAGCCCGAGCCCCUGUUAAACGGAGGUGUGUCUUUUGUCUCUGGUGAACGGAAUGAAUACGGCUCUAUUAUUCAGUAUCACUGUAAUGAGCCGUAUUAUUCUCUGAGAGGAGCUGUGAAUGUAAACUUCAGUUGUGAAGCAGACCAAAAAUGGAGAGCCAUUGACGACUCUGAACUGAAACCGAUUUGCAUACCAGUCUGUGGAAAGCCCCAAGUGCGUUUCCAAGACUUCCAGAGGAUCAUUGCAGGAGAUGAAGCUCCACACGGCAGUAUCCCGUGGCAGGUCCGACUGACCUCAUCUGAGAGUAGAUCUGGAGGGGGCAUGCUGAUCUCCGACCAGUGGGUCCUGACAACAGCUCACUUCCUCUGUCCAAAAAAAUGUCCCAUAGCAAACAACACUGUAAAGAUCUUUUGGGGAUCAAAUACUGUGCAACGCGUUCCGAACGCAAUCGCUGCUUCUCUUCAUUUACAUCCUGGAUACAAUAACUACGACCAGUUGCACUUUGACAAUGACAUUGCCCUGAUAAAACUCCCAGAACCCAUCACAUUUAAUCAGUAUGUGAUGCCAAUUUGUCUGCCCUCUGAGGUACACAGCUUUAGGGAUGGUGAUGUUGGAGUGGUGUCAGGAUUUGGCCUCACAAGGACGGAGGAGAAAGGUUAUUUUCUAACAAAAAACCUCACAUAUGUGCGCCUCCCAGUGGUGAAUCCACGGAAAUGCACCGAAUCGCUGGAGAAGUACAAAAGAAAACACCCAGGACAACCAAUGCCAGAAGAAUCUUGCAACAUGUUCUGCGCAGGAUUCUCAGACGGAGCAAAAGACUCGUGUCAUGGGGACGGCGGCGGACCCUUUGCCCUCUGGAGGACGGACCACUACUGGGUGGCAGGGAUCAUCAGCUGGGGCAUUGCCUGUGCAGAGGAAGGCACUUAUGGGUUCUAUACCCGAGUUCAAAACUAUGUGGACUGGAUCCACAAAACUAUGAAUGAGAACUGAGUUGUCAUUACCUAU